AGUGUACACUAGUAGAAACUGUCUGAUGGGACUUGGAUUUUUCUCAUAAACCUGCAACUUGUGAAUGAUUGCUGAAAGACAUUUAAAGCACAGCCAAAAUUAAUCAGUUUCAUGGUUUCACUGUGGCCUGGCCUGUAAUCUAAACUGGCAGCAUCAGGUUGCAUCUUUCUACCUAUUGGCAUGUGUGAUACUUUAUCUCUAGACGGUUCAUGAAUCAUUCAGCAUGGCAGGGAAAGAGCUUCCUGUAUGCCUUCAGGCUGUCUCUGAGCCCUGGACAGCAUAAUGAAAUGAUGUGCUCUUUCAGGGUUUGCCUCUGCUGGCCUUCCCUACUUUGCUGGUUCUUCACCCUAAGACUGAGCCCUGCUGAUGGAUCAAACAUUACUCUAAGACUUCCUGAAAGAUCUUCCUGCAAACCAGGCUUUUACUGCCCGGAGGGAGAUGAGGGUCCAGUUCCCUGUCCCAAAGGAACAUUUGGACCGAGUUUCUGGGCCACAACCAUAAACAGCUGUAUCAGCUGCCCACCACAUCACUAUGGACCUAGAGAAGGCAUGAGCAGUUGCCAGCCUUGUGGGCCAUGGUCACAGCAGCCUCUGCCUGGACAUGACAGCUGUACUUGUCAGCGAGAGGGUCAAAUCUUCCAGGCCAGUGACGGACAGUGUCCUUGUAGUUUAGGAUACACACAGAAAGGAGAAGCCUGUGUGUUGAAGGUCUAUGAGAUCUGCAAGGAUGGAAGAACACGUAACCAGCAUGGAGAAUGUCUGGACCACAAGCAAUGGAAGCAGUAUUGCUCACAGCAGGUGUGUCCAUCUCCUGAGCUGUAUGAGGGCUAUGAUGGGUCUCUGGGCCUGUGUGUGUGCAGAGGUCUGUCCAGGCCUGAGCCAGACAGGGUUGAGUGUGUGGGCUGGUGCCGGAACAUCCCGAGUCCAGUUCUGCAGCUGGUUUGCACUGGAAGCCUUUACCUGCUCUACACAGAGUCUAAUCAACAGGUGAGCAUGUCGGGAAGCAUGCUGGAGACCGUCCUGAAGCACUGGGACUCCAGUGGGAGCUUGGAAUGCAACGUACAGCUCAAUUUCUCCAGGCCUGUGUACACGGUGCAAACAGGGGAGGCGGGCUUCUUUGGUCUGCUCAAUGCUGUCCCCAUCGAGGUCCGGAGGUUGAUUCUGGCCCACAGCCAGGAAACCAACAGCCAUUUUGAGCCACUAGAUACAGACAGAGGAAACAUCAAAGACAAAGAGGAAGAUUGGGACUCUCACUGGUCCAGCAAAUCAUCAGCGUUCGGUACAUCCGACAUGCGGCCUGGAGGAGUCUUGAACCCAACAGCAUGUCUACAUCCUGGGGAUAUUCUUCUCUUUACUGUGACCCAGCAGCACUACCCUCAGUAUGAUGUAGACAGCUUGUACAACACUAAUGCUGCGUUUGACUGGGGACCCUUCAGAUUACUGGCACAGGACCAAGAACUGGCAAGAUCUGCACACUCCCUUUUCUCCAUAAGUCUCCAUGAGCCUGGGGUGUACGCCUUCAAACUCAGCAGCCACCAACAUAGGCACAUGUAUGUGAAGGUAGUGCCUGCAGGUGGAGAAUGUUAUGACACUGGAACCUUCUUCCCAUCUGACCCACAUCAUUUGACUCGCAUGGGCAUCGCGCAGAGGCGCCAACUGUUGCUCCGCCCCGACUGGGUGAUGAUCGGUGGGCUUUUAGCUGGAGCUGUGGUAGUCUUGUGCAUGUGCGUGACAAUAUUGAUCCUGUUCAGGGAGUACGGCUGGCCUGAGAAACUGCCAGCUCAGGCCAGGUACCGUCAUCUGCAGCUCAGGUACAACAUGGAUGACUAUUCAUCGAAGGGCUCCAGGGUGGUGGCUGUGAAAAAAACACACCGAAACCUGCAGGUGGGGUUGACAGAGGAUUCAGUGCAGAGAGCGGUGGCUCUGGUGUCGAAUGAGUUCUGGGACUAUGAAGAACAAGUGGAUCUUGAAGCCUUCAGUUCCAGCACCUUCUACGACAUCCUGCUCAAGCACAGCGUGUCUGUCACAGUACGCCUCGGACAGCUCAGAGGAGAGGUGAAGCAGCUCUACCAGGGGGUGCUGGGGAAGUUGAGAGAGCUCCACCCUGGCUGGAGGAUGUUUGGAGGGAAAACUGAAGGUUUGGAGAGACAGGUGGAGCAGGAGAUGCUGCGACGAAGAGCGCUGGGGAAUCAGCUGACACAGCUACUGGACAGUCAGCUGCAGAUCCUGCGGGAGGAGAUGAGAGCGCAGCAGGCCAUGCAGAAGACCUUCAGAGCGCGAGUCAGGGAGAGCGCCAGGCUUCUAAGACUGCUGGCUGAGGGUCAGACCUCGCUCUGGGAAAAACACAUCAAGCAACAUGUUCUGGAGCGAGUAGCUGUGCUGGCUGAUGAGAUGACUGAGAUGGUAUCAGUGGAGAGCCAGAGGCUGGGAGCCUGGGUUGUGCUUAAAGAAGGCACUGGAGCACAGCUGUUAUGCCCUGCUACUGGAUCGGUCCUCAGUAGGGAAGACGCCAUUGCUCCUGACGGAUCUGUUAGGGCUUGUGAUGCCGUUCAUGUAGACCCCCUCACAGGCCUCAUUCAACCCAACUCUAAUGCCCAUAUGUUACUGGCCAGUGGGCACAGCAUGCCAGUGCCCCCAGACUUCUUCCUGCACCCCCAGACAGGCAAACUACUGCCUGUGGCGGGAAAUGUGGGCUUUGAUCCUGCUUCCUCCACCCUUGUCUUUACAGCUGAUGCUUGUGUGGGUGAGGUGGGAAAAUGGGAAUCACCCCUGCUGCCUUUCAUUCCUUACCCUCCAUCCCGGCAUGCUGAAAUCCAUGCUGCUUCCAAACUACGGGGGCUUCGUUCAGGCCAAAGGCUGGUGCUUGGAGGACCCAUGUGUGACUAUGACACUGGUGUUCUGGUGCCUAUUCUGGCAGUCACCAUCCAUCCACAAACUGGACUGGUUUAUCCUUUGGGCGGCGUGCACAUGUGCCCCAUCUUGCGCCUGCGGCUGCCCAUUCAGAUUAGCUCUCCCAUGCUGGACCCACGUACAGGCAACCUGGUGCUCAUCACGGGGGUCAGUCUUGAUCCCCACACAGGGGCUGUACUUCCAGUUGGGGGGCUUCUCCUGUGCGAGUCCUUCAUCGAGCCCUUGAGCGGCCGGAUGGUGCGGGUUGGUGGAGGCAGCGUGCGAGGAGGGAAGGUGGUGCCUCAUGCUGGGGGUUUCCAGGCUCUGUUGGACAGCCAGGCUCUGGGCGCCUGCUUGCGGGUGGCAGAGCUCAUGCAAGGUUGCUGUGAUGAGUGGAGCUCAACAGCCGCAGAUCUACAAGGUGACCUCGAUAGACUCUCGGCAGGAACAUCUGAGCUGGAACAGGCCUGGAAAAGCAGCCAACAUUGUAUGUUGCAGCUGCUGUGUCGUCUGGAAGCCGUACAGGACCAGGCCAGGGAUGUGGCGGAGAAUGGUGGUACUGUGGGGGAGAUCAAGCUGCCUGGCAUUGAGCUCUCCUUGCCAGCUCUAGCCGGGUUGGAGUAUCCUGACCCCGGAGGCUCGGGUUUGCAUGUCCCAGUUCUCGGAGCUCAGUUGGACUGGGUGUCAGGCUGCAUGGUGCCUCUGGCAGGAACCAUGGAGGAUGCAGAUGGAAAAGGGAUGGUUCCCAUACGUUUUGGAUCACAGACGGUGGACCCAGUGACAGGGGUGCUGGCUCCAGUUGUUGGGGCCAAUCUGGAUGUUUGGAAGCGGACUGUGAUUCCUGUAACUGUGUCCCAGAUUCUGACAUUAGGAGAAAACCCAGACAGUGUAAUGGUGGAAACCCUCCAGAAGGAGAGCAGUGCACGGGGCAAUUACUGGCGUGAACAGACACUGAAGGAAGAAGAGAUGGUUGGAGAUUUUGAGAGAGCCGUUAAACGCUAUCUAUCCACGUCCAUACAUGAGCCUGACUGUAUAGACUGGAUGGACACCGACAGGCAGCAAAGGGAAAAGCUAAGGGAGACUGCCGCUGAAGUUCAGGAAAGCGCUCAGUGUGAGGCCCAGAGAAAAGCUCUCCAGAACUCAGAGUUAUCUCUGCUUCUACCUGCCCAUGUGUUACAUGCUCUCACAGGAGGAGACGAGGAGGAGUGGGAGCAGCAGUGUUACUGGCAGACCGGGCUUAAAGCCGUGCUAAACCGUGCGAGUGUGUCCAUGGAGAGAUUGCGGACGGACCGGGAUCAGCUAUCAGUACAGGAAAUGCAGCAUUUGGGUGAGAAACUGAGGGAGCAGGAACUGUGGGAGCAAUUAAUGCAGAGACAAGCAGAGCUGGACGCUGUGCUUUCGUCUCUCCACAGUGCUCGUCUGGUAUGCCAGCUGCGUGCUGACACCGCGCAGUCUUUGGUGUCUGGCACAUUCUGGUUUAAAGAUUUUGGUGUGCUGAAGCCCAAGGGUGUCAGGAACCCUCUGAAAGUAAUUGCCAUGACUCAGCAGAAAAUCCUUCCUCGGCUUGAACGACUUAUUCAGCUGUUGGAGGAAAGCAAAGCACUUGGCCAGACUACCAGCACACAGCCACAACAGAGCUCUGGUACAAUAUCCUCAUUUAUGCCUUAUUAUAGAAAAGUUAAUCAUGUUUUUGUCUCAGUUGUGAAACCUAUCUCAAAAGGGAAACGGGCGUUUGGCCGGGAAAGCGUUUCCAGAGCAUGGACCGAAUCUGUGUCUGUUAUGAAAGGUGUCUCGACUCAAUCCCUUAAAGAUCAAAUGAAGACUCCGUCUGCGAGUGAACAGAAUGCCACGGUGCCCUCUCUUUCUCUGUCAAACCCAUCUUACACUCAGAAAAACCAGGAAAAACCACAUCUAAACCGCAGCCAGGAUGUCCAAUCUCUCCAGGAACCUGGUCUGUCCGCAUACAUCAGUAUCCCAAAGCUAGCAGGGGAAGAGUGGUCCAGACUAGUAGCGCUAUCUCCUCUCUUCCAGCUGAUGAAGGAAGUGGAGCAGCAGCUCAGGGAUAGUGCCAGAGAUAGAGGCCUGCUGAAGAUCCAGCCCUUGGGUGCAGGCCGGUCGUUCAUGGAUUUCAUGGAUGCCCAGUGGGAGUGCGAAGGAGAGCUGAUUCUAGUGAGCUCUGAAACACUCAACCCACGAGAGCUUCUGCUCUGCCAGCAUGGACAGUUUCUCCUCCAGCACCUUCACUUAUAUAAAAUGAUACCAGCAGUAACACUUCAACUGGCUUCUAGUCUUCCUUUCAACAACUAUAAUAACAAUGCUUUCCGCAACUCUUUCUAUUAUCAGGAGGGAGAGAGGACUCUGUUUGUUCGCCGUCUGAGGUUGCAGUCAGUGGGUGGCCUUUCUCUGCUGCUCAUGCACUGUGCUGCACACAUUUCCACCAGUCAGAUGAGAACAGACUCCGAUCCUGCCUUCCAAAGGGCCUUUUUCAAGGUUUUACAGGUGGGCCUAAGUGAGCUGUUCCAUGCCAGACUGGGACAAACUGAUAGUCCAGAUGACGAGAGGACGAAAGAUUUGGCGUCAGAUGCAGCUCUCGAUGGUCUUCUGCUGGAAAGAGUGCAGAAGCCAAGUCCUGGGAUUUUCACAGAGGAUGAGGUUUUGGGGCAUUUGCACAAAUACAGAGAGGCUUCAGUGUUCCGCCAGGUCGAGAGUCUCCUGAAAGAGUCUCCUAAGAGCCUGGAGAUCAACCACAUCAACACCGACCCGUCAGUCAGCGACGGCCCUGACAGCCAAGAUGCCGCUCCUACAUGAACUGACAUUUUAGCUUUGAACAGCACUGUCUUUCUGACAGCGAUAAAUCCAGCUUUCAAAGGCAUGCUAUAUACUGCAGGACAUCUCUCAGCCUUAUCGUCUUGGACAGUAACAGCCCUUGGACCAAGUUCAAGUACCUAGUUUUGCUUCAGGACCAUCUAGUGGUGACCCAACACAGCUAGCAACUAUAGCUGUGACUGAAAAACUUGCCUUAACGAAAAAAUUAUCUGAAAUUCUGAAAUGGUUAAUAUUACCAUAAAUUGCAUAGGUCCAACAACUUGACAAUGUUACACAAUUUAACAUUGUUGGCAUCUACCUAAUCUGACUAGCUUCUGCCAAAAGAUGCAAAUUUGCACCAAAAUAUACAGUUUGUUUGGACACACAAAAUUUGAUGAUAACCAGGGUGCAAUUUGUUAAAAAUUGGGAGAGGGAUAUUUGAAUGGGAAUAUCAUGAUGACAUUUUUAUGAAGAAAUUCAGAAAUAAAUGUAGAAAUAUAAAAUAUAAUUCAUAUAAAUUUAGAAAAAAUAAACAGGAAAAAUACAGGAAAUAAUAGUU